AACCAGCUGAGCAGCACAGGACCACACACAGUCUCACUGAGUCAGUAGACAUGGAGGAUGGGAAGCCUGAUCUGCUGCUGGUCAAAGAGGAGCCAUUAGAAGACGAACCAGAGAGCAUUGAUCUGCUGAGUGGACUAAAGAUGGGGGAGCAAGGUGGAUGGCUGGAGGCUAACAGAGGAGACUGGGUGGCCAUCUUGGAUUCCCAGACUCAGAUGGGUGCAGCCAAGGGCCCAGGGGAUAAUGUCACUGAGCAGUACAGGACUAGAGGCGACAUAGUGGAGGUCAGUGGAUGGGACAGUGUCCUCAACUCUGGGCUGGGGAACAACACUGUUAACCACAACCAGAAAAAGACAGUCGAACACAAAACAACAACCAAACUUAGUCUCCAUGACAACAGACUGGCUGAGACCAGGGCGAGGCGUAGAUUUGGUCUGCAGGUACGGGGAGGUGUCCGUGUGUGGCGGGAGAGAACAGACACAGACUCGGCAAGCGAUGUUCCGUCCUGCUCCUAUAGUUGUGAUUCAGAGAGACUGAUGGCACCUCAGGUUACCUCCCUAACAGAUGCUGCCUUCAGCCUGCCUUCUAUAGGAUCUAUCAACUGGAACAUGGACCCUGCGACAUCACAGACACUCCCUGGCCUUCGUCCUCCUCACACUCUCCUGUUAAACCAGACCUCAGACAAUGCCAAUGCCUCAACACUAAAUGGCUACACAAGCCCAUUGACAAAUGGCAGUAGUAGUAACACUGUCAGUAGAUCCGGUGGCAAAGAGAAGCGCUUCCCGUGUUCAUUCUGUGGGAAAGCUUUCAGUUUCCCCAAACAGAUGGAGAUCCACCAGAGGAUGCACACAGGGGAGAAACCAUUUGGCUGCCACCUGUGCCGGGCUAGUUUCUCCCAAUUGUCCAACCUGAAGAGGCACCAGAGAAUUCACCAGAGGUUCCACACAGGGGUGAAACCUUUCAGCUGUAACCAGUGUCACAUGUGCUUCGCCCAGGCUGGUGACCUGAAGAGGCACCAGAGGGUCCACACAGGGGAGAAACCCUACAGCUGCCCCCAGUGUGAGAAGAGGUUCUCCCGCCUGGACAAACUGAAAAUGCACCUGAAAGUCCACACGGGAGAGAGGCCGUUCGCCUGUACAUACUGCAGGAAGAGGUUCUCAGAGAGGAGCUACCUCAGGAUACACCAGCAGAAAAAACAUUCCACUCUAUAACAUAGAAAGUAACCAUUCCACUCCAUAGCUUCUGAGGUUUAGAUCAAAUCCUGCAUUAUAGACAAAGAUUAAUUUGUAUUGUCAGCGGAAAAGAUCCACAGAUGAAUUUGGAAUAACAAGAGUAACAGAUUUGAAUAUUCCUGGGUAGAAUAUUGCAUCCAGACAUUGUGUGAUAUAUAAGGCAUAUAUUAGCCUAAAAAGUCUGAUACAUAUUGUGUUUGUACUGUGUAGGAUAUAUGUUCACAAAUGCCUAUUUGAUUACUUCCAUUAAACUACUUAAUUUUUUAAAGUUCAUGCAUAUUUUUAGUUGAGACGUGUAUUUGUGGUUUUCAUAUGGUGUAUUUAACACUUGUUUAUGUUUAAUAAACA